UUGCAAUCCUUUGUCAACCCUAGCCCUAGCAUUGAUCAUAACACGAAUUUCGAAGAUGGAAGUAGCAUGGAGAGUUGCCGUGAUUUUGCUCGUCAGUUAUUCGUCAUGGAUAUCGGCAGCGAAAAUGAAUACAAAGGUGUUGAUUCUUGGUGGCGGUGCAGCAGGUAUUGGUUUUGCAAAACGGUUAUUCGAUAAAGGGGAGAAGGAAUUUCUAAUUUUGGAGGCCCAGAGUUACAUAGGCGGCAGAUUGAAGGAUACUAAAUUUGGAAAUCUGACCAUACAAGAGGGAGCUGGCUGGAUUCAUGGAAUCAGUAAAAGCAAUUCGCUCUAUCUUCUCAAACAGAAGUUUGGACUAGCAGCAACUGCUGACAACUAUACUGAUUUUAUCGUUAGGGAUUUAAAAGGCAACAUUGUUCCUGGAGCUAUGGCUUUAUACAAGAAAUUGAGAACAAAAACUGAGGAAAUGUACACAGUGAUCGAAAAGAUGUCAGCUGCAGGAGAAUUUGACAUACCUUUGAAGACAGCAUUAGAGCUUGUAGGUUGGCGACCAGAAACCCCAGCAGAGAAGACGAUCGACUACUACUUUAGUGAUUUUGAAAAUGAAUCACCUCCCUGGAUACUUAGUGCCCAAUCCGUCGGUUUUACUGGAGAAGGGAGUGAUGAAAUCGUCGUUGACACGCGUGGGCUCGCUUACUUACUGCGGGAAACUGCGAAGAAUUUUACAAGCAAAGUUAAACUGAAUACCCGGGUUAAAAAGAUAACUUAUGAUGCAAAUAAAGUCACUGUCCUUGCAAAAAACGGAGAUACGUACGAAGCAGACUAUGCGUACGUCACGUUUAGCACUGGGGUUCUCGUGAGCUCUAUGGUAGAGUUCAGCCCUCCUUUGCCGCAUUGGAAAACAAAGGCUGCAUAUAUGUUACCGAUGGGUUACUACACGAAAAUUUUUUUGAAGUUCCCAACCAAGUUCUGGGAUGAUAACAGGUACAUUUUGGUUGCAAGUGAGAAAAGAGGCCACUACGUCCAUUUUCAUAACUUGGACAGGUCUGGACUUUUUCCUGGUGAGAAAAUGUUGAUUGCCACAGUAACCGACAGAGAAAGUGUCCGGGUUGAGAAGUUGACAGAUGCCCAAGUGAAAGACGAAGUUAUGGCCGUACUGAGACAAGUCUACCCCAGUGCAACUACAGCAACAGGCAUAUUUGUCAGCCGCUGGUCAUUAGACAACACAACCUUCGGUUCAUAUUCCUCUCCAGUGAUUGGCUCUGACAAAUACACUUACGAGGAUCUGAAAGCUCCAGUGAACAAAAGGUUAUGGUUCGGCGGCGAAGCUGCAACAGAUUCUGAUAACUUUGGUUACGCACACGGAGCGUACACAUUUGGCAGGAAGCAAGCAGAUGAGUUGUUAAGCUGCAUGUCAGACAAUGCAAAAUGCCCGGAGUACAAGCCUCGUAAAAAGGCGACAUGUAGCGAUGCUUCUGACAAACUAUUAUCUGUGAUUCUCGCGUUACUUUCUAUGUUAUGUUCUGUAAUCUUUAUCUUUACAUUGUAAUGUUUUUGUCACCACAUGCUACACAACUCUUUUUAUAAUAGUAUCAACACCUUU